AUGGCUUUUCCACUUAGUUGCCCACUUACUGCGGUAGGGAUGGAGGAGGUGGUGGUUCCAGAGGUGCCCCCGCAGCUUGUGCGCGGUGUGGCCCUCCGUAUCCCGCAUCCCAGUUGGAGCGGGGAUUUCCUGCGGAUUGCCAACCAUUCCUUUCCGUUGCAGCCGAAUGCUCGCCAUCUGAAGCGUAUUCGCAAGGCCCAAUGCGUAGCGGUGCUUGUUCCUCCCACUGACUGUCCUGCCACCCCGAGUGGGCACGCCCCAAGGCGUGGUAAUGAGGCUGAGGAAUCCAGUGCAAUGGCGACGUCAGUUCAAGCUUCACUAGAGCUGCUGCUUGGUGUUGGAUGCUCGUUUGAUGCCGAUCUACUGAAGGAAUUUGAAGAGGUCUCCGGAAAUGCGUCUCCCCUCAUCAUUAACACGGUGUGGGUGCCAGACAGGGCCCCACGUACGUCCCCCGUGGAGUGGACCAAGUGGUGCACAGUGUGGCCCUUUGCUGUUCCCAAACCACGUCAAGCCUCUUCACUGCCAAUUGAGGAAGUGACAAAAAUAAGACGCGUCUUUAAUGAGAGUGUUCUGUCGCUUGCCAAGCGAGGACGCAGUGAGGAGACGCUUGGAAUAGCGGCGGUGCUGAUUGACACUUCCCAGGACUGGUGUGUGCUUGCUUCGAGCGAUGCAGCGGGUCUACUGCACCGAUCAAACGCGGCGGCUUGCUUUGGAUAUGUGCCUGCUGUGGAGAGUUCAGAGGACCACGUUGUUCUGGAUCACCCCGUAACUUGCGUGCUAAAGAAGCUGGCUCACAUUCAGCACACAGAGCGAGUGGAGAAGGAUGAUGCGCCCUAUCUGGCGAACAACAUUGACUUGUUCCUUAGUCACGAGCCGUGCGUCAUGUGCUCCAUGGCGCUGGUACACAGCCGGAUCAGGCGCGUCUUCUACUGCUUUGCAAACCCCGUACACGGAGGGUUAGGGUCAGUCUUUUCAAUCCAUGCCAUUUCUUCACUCAACCACCAUUUUCGUGUUUUUCGCUGCAGCGCGAGUUGGCUGUGCGACGCGUGGCACGCCUCAUCGGAUUCUUCCGUCGCCCACGAUGACACAUCUUGGGAGUACCUCCGCGAGCCGUGA